AGCAGCUGUCAAUGUGACAGAAGCAACAACAGCAGCUGUCAAUGUGACAGAAGCAACAACAGCAUCUGACAAUGUGACAGAAGCAACAACAGCAUCUGUCAAUGUAACAGAAGCAACAACAGCAGCUGUCAAUGUAACACAAACAACAGUAGCUGUCAAUACCACACAAGCAUUUACUACAGCUGCUGGUACAACUCAAACAACUGCUGCAAUCACAACAGCCUCCGCCAGUACAAUGGCACAACCAACUUUACUUGUGACGCCCUUGGUGUUUAGUAUAAUGAAAACUUUUACACUACAGUUAGCUGAUAAUACAUCACUUGAGUUCAAGCAGCUAAAAAUGAAUAUAGAAAAUCAACUUAAUGAGCCAUACCGUAGAAUUGCGCCUAAUGGUUUCCAAGGAUAUGUGGUCAACCAAUUCAGAAAUGGAUCUAUUGUGGUGGACGGUGGCAUAACUUACAAAGUGGGUGCUGUUCAGCUAUCCGGCACAGAAGCGGUAAAAGUGUUGGUUAAUGAGCUGCAGAAUGGCACGGGUUUAGGGGGACUGCAAAUUAAUCGUGCAUCCAUCCGGUCUGGUGAUAUCACUGAGAACAAUCUGCAGCCCAUCGAUCUGAAAAUCUCCUUUAUAAUAGCAAACAGAGCUUUCACUGAAGGCCUCAAGAAGAAUACUUCGGUUGAAUUCCUGAGCCUGAAAACUUCAGUUAUUAGCUGGCUUGAAUUGGUUCUCAAAUCGGGAUUUGAUCCAAAUGUACUGCCUGGUUCGACUGUUAUGUUCAGCAAUGAUUCAACAAAGGUACAGGUGCUUGCACGUAUUCAGAUCAAUACUACCAGACUGGAAGACCGACCACUCCUGCGUGAUCUGAUCUUUAAUAAUGUUAGCAAUUCAGAUUGUGGUAUCAUCAAAUCCUCCAUUCAAGUAAAUGGUGAAGAUUUUAAAGCUGACAAGUUCCAAUUGAAACUCCGGUUUACAAACCUAGCUUUUGAAUCUGCUCUGAGCAAUAGGUCCAGUCCUCAGUUUGAAAAGCUCUGCACAUCUAUUACAACAGUGAUGAGAAGCAUCUUUGCAAGUGAAUCUAACUUCACUGAGAUCAUUAUCAAUGAAUUCAGGACGGGAUCUGUUGUCACUGAUACAGCAGUAGUAUUCAGAGAAGGAGCAACAAGCAGUUCUAGCGUUAUCCAGAAGAUCGUUGCAAAUGAAGCAGCAUUCAGAAAUGCCAAUUUAACUUUGGACAUCAACUCCCUUAUCAACACAACUACCAUCACUCCUACAGCUCCCAACCCUGAGGCUACCACCACAGUUAACCAGCCAGCUCCAGCAAGACCCUUCCCAGGAUAUGCUAUUGCAAUCAUUGUUAUGUGUAUAUUGGCUAUCAUUGCUCUUCUGUUACUCAUCGUUCUGUUUGUCAAGACCGGCUAUUGUUCCAAAGUGGCGAAUGCCUUUAGGUUGGAAGCACCUGAUGAUCUGGACAUGAAAUUUCCAAUGUUUGGGGGACGAUCGUACAACUUCCAAUGGUGAGAUGUCAAGGAGGCAAACAACAUAUACUUUGGGUUGAGAGAAGUAAACUGGCGUGGAUUAUGAAGAAUACGUAGGAAGGCUAUUGAUAACAAUGCUUAUCUAACAGGCUACCCAAAUUAAUUCAACGCAAGUGCGUUCAUGUGUUAUCUUGCUGCUCCAGAGUUACUCUUAAAGUGGUUGCCUUUUCGAAGUGGGUGAUUUUACUUGGGCAACCACUGGACACUUUCACCACAGUGGAAAACAGAUGCUUUGUGUAGCUGUAUGGGCAGUGCCUAUCCAAAGUUCCUUGUGUUGGUAGUUUUUGCCUCAAAUGUCAGUUGUGUGCUCACUGUGUAAGCUCCCCCCCAACCCCCGCCCCUUAGCUAAUAAUUACUUCCUUUGUGUUUCUGUGGUCAAAGGUCAAGUCAAUGUAAAUGAAAUUUCUUAUAAAAAUUCACAAUGGUUUUGAGAUAACCAUGCACUGCAUGGGUUUGUGUUUGGAAGCUAAUGGACUUUUGCUCACCUCCAUUAUUAUACCCUGCUUCUAUCGAAUAGUAACUCAAUGAAAUUGUAGCCAUAUUUAAAAGAGUUACUGGCACUGUUUCAAAGGCAAAAACCAAAAUUACUGCAGUCCUGUGAGUAAUUUGUUGGGUGACUGAAUAGCAUAAAGGUUAGGACGCUAAUGGAAAAAAAAAUACAGCAGUUGAAGGCAAGUCUGUGGCUCAAUAUAGCUGCAGGCAUCAAGAUGAAAUGAGGGUGUUGAGUGUAUGCAUGUCCGCAUGAGGUGGAAUUUGCUCAUUUGCGGAUGAGAGCAUGCGUUCGGUGCUAUGAUUUUCAGGAGUAUUCAGGAUCAGGAGAACCGCUGUGCAUCGUUUCAUCAAAGAUGUACUUGCUCUGCAGAAGCUGGUUAUCCCGAUGCUCAUGUCUUCUAUCAGCACAGGAGCACGACAUGAGCAAAAGGACAACUUAAAAUGCAACCAAACUUUCUCUAAUACUCAGAAAAUGGAUGAUAUUUGCACAUGACACUGCUGUUAUUCUUACCCUAGUUCCAUAACUCACCUUUGGUACCAUGCAUUCUUUUUGUCACACGGCACAAUGGUAGAUACUCCAUGGAGUCAUAGAGUUAUACAGCACAGAAACAGGCUCUUCGGCCCGUUGUGUCCGUGCCAGCCAUCAAGCACCUAUCUAUUCUAAUCCCAUUUUCCAACACUUGGCCUGUAGCCCUGUAUGCUACGGUGUUUCAAACGCUCAUCUAAAUACUUGGCCAGCAUGCAGCAAAAAAGUUAAACAACCAAAAUAGCCUCAUCAGAAAGGAGGUUGUUUGAACUAACAUUCUUGUGAAGAGGUGGAUUUAGUGAUUAGACAUGGAUGGUACCAAAGAACAUCCUUGAUCUUUCCUAUAUUCGAUGUAGCUGUUUUGCGAAAGAGCAAAGCAUGCUACUUGUGAAGAUGGCCAACCUCUACAUGCAACCAAAUGUAGAACCCUGCACCGCAAGCUUAUAGUGAUUAUCCAAGGUGCCCUCAGGACGAUUGAUAAAAAUGCUUCCAGGCCAGAGAUGUUGUGUGAGCCGUUUUGCCAAGGCGUCUGGGCUGAGAUGCUAAGGUGCAGACGCUCAGUACAUUCGUUAGCAGGAAUUUUUCCUUUCUGCAGGGCCAUCAGCAGUUUAAAUAGCAAAGCGAGGAAAUUAGGACCUUUGUGUUAACUGCUCAUGCGCCAAUGAUACGAGGCGCUCUCUCAUUGUCAGUUAAUCUGCAACAAAAGGACAAUACAAAGUUUAAGGCAGGUAGAUUGGCGUUUUUUUGAUGAUUAUCUACUUCAUGUCUUGGAUUGUGCUAAUGUUCAAGGAUUUUUUUUUGUUUUUACUGUUACGUAUUAUAAUUAGUCACUGUGAAACUCUAUUAAAAUCAGGGGCCAUUCAGGGAUGAGAAGGUUGUUCUAAUGUGGGACGUGGGCAUAUGAUAACAGUGGAAAUAUAUUACAGAUCUGACUGGCUAUCAUUCCAAUGCUGGUCUUUUGGAGACCUAUGUCUUGGGUAUUGGUCAAAAAAGGAUUCUUGGGCUGUUCUAAUUUGAAAUUAUUGUGCUCAGGGCUGUCUUAGAAAUCUUAGCUUGGAUAACUUAUAAUAAAAUAUAAACUAGUCACUUCUGGUUACAAAAUGUAUACUGGUGCAAAUAUGGUAUGCACAAAAAAAAGGUUUUGUGACUAGAAAGUAUUUAAGACUCCUUAAAAAUCUCAGUUUACACUGCACUUUACUUCACAAAAUGAACUCUCAUCACAAAACUCGGCAAAAUUGGUUUAUAACUGGUUAAGGCCAGUUUUCAAAUUGAACUGGUGGAACAAGCUAGAACGAACUUUGCUGAGCUUGGUUUCAGUGGGAUACCUAUGUCUGACAACUUCCAAGUCUAAGGCAAAGCAUAUAUGUGUUUACUUUCAUUUCUUACUGUCUGAAGCACUAUUAAGAUUGAUGAAAAUGUGCCUUGGAUUUUUUAUGAAACCCUUACCAGAGUUCAGAUGGCAUAAAGUGCUUAUCAAAAACAAACACGUAACUCAAAAGAUGUUUUUCUGACCUCAUGUAAUUUUUUUUUUGUGUAAAUGCGGUAUAUAUUGAAUAAAUAUUUCUUACAAAUCAGAACUGUUGACAUUUACGGUUAAUUCUUUGGUUUUAAUGAGAAUCUUUUCUUUUUGCGUCUCUCAAAACCAAAGGGAUUUUCUAAUGAAAGACCCCUUAACCCAACUCAUAUAUUUACCUUUUAUAGCUUCUGGUAGCCAACACUGACUCCACUCGUCUCUCAUUGUGUAUUUGUGAAUGUGCACUUUCCCUUGGAGAAUCCCACCACCGUCCACAUUGACCUCCCCCAUCUCCUCUUUCCUGCCCCACAUGUCCAUGUGAUUCUCCACUUCCCCACCAACAACCCUUGCUGCCCCUUCUACCGAUACCGUUGUGCCCUCAUCCUUCCACCUUACUUGGAUCCUCUGCCCCCUGUUACUCUAACCAUCCCAUCCUACCAUGCCCACCCUGAAUUCGCUCCCAGGAGUCAGAUAUUGACUCCACUGACCCUCCCUGCGAGCACGUUCAGCUGGACAUUCCCCCCACCCUUCAGGCCUAGACAUUUCCUUGCCCCACCCCCAUCACCACUCAUCUGUACCUCCCCACAGCGACAUCUCUGGAAAAAUGGUGGAGUGUGUGCCAAAGUCCCUGGAACUAUGCUGUAGUUCAUCAGGCAUGAGAAGAUUGUUCUAAUGUGGGACGUGGGCAUAUGAUAAUGGUAGAAAUGUAUUACAGAUCAGACUGGGUAUCAUUCCAAUGCUGAUCUUGUGGGGACCUGUGUCUUGGUAUUGGUCAAAAAAGGAUUCUUGGGCUGUGCUAAUUUGAAAUUAUUGUGCUAAGGGCUGUCUUAGAAAUCUUAGCUUGGAUAACUACGCCUGUGUCUGUGUAUCCUUGUCCAGUCUUUUCUUUUAGAGGUUUCAUAUAAGCCUCAGAGUUGAUGUCUUCAUCUCCCUUCGUCCGAUGUCCUCUGCACUCCAUGUUCCUACCACCCGGUUCUAAGUUCAGGACAUUGGUCCAACUCACAACUGGUUACAUUUUGGCACAAGUAUUAAGAUAAUACGUAUUAAAAAGAAACAAAGGGAGGCAUUACAGAAACACACAAAAUGUCAAAGUGCCUUACAGCAUCUCAUGAUUUUGAACACCUCUAUCAAAUCCCCUCCGAGCCUGCUCAGGAGAACAACCCCGGCUUUUCCAACCUGUCCACAUCACUGAAGUUCCUCAUCCCUGGAACCACUCUUGCAUAUCUUCAAGAGUGACACGAACUGAUACUACAGCAAUGAUGGAUGGUAACACCCAAGCUGGGCUUGAGAUCAGCGAUCAGAAAGAUCCAUAUCACACAAUUUCUGCUUUUCUCUUUGCAUGUGCGCUGUGACUUCAAGUGAGCGGGAGCUACAUUCAAAUAAAAUACAUCAAAAUUAAGCACAGAGCAACUUUCUGUUGAAAGAAUGUUAUAAAUAUAAGUCAUGUUAAAACUUGAAAAGCUUCUCCAAUUAAACAUUGUUACAAA